UAUCAUGACCAGCAAUCUUUUCAUUUCAAUCCCACUGAAACCUCAACUUUUAUUUUAAAAGCAACAGUUGCAAGGCGAUUGCCAUGGUGAUUUGAGGGAGGAAUUACAAACGAUUGCUGUCAAUUGAGAGAAAGGAGCAACUGUUCAUGUGAAGAGAGGGCCCUGGUCAGAAAAUCUAUGCUGCACAGAACUUACUGAGGAAAUGCAAAAAAAUGGGUGAUGAAAAUCCAUCAGAAAUCGGGGCUCUUAAUGAGAAAAGCUCCAACAUUACCCCACUACAACCCAGAAUUCACAGCCCUGCAACUUUUGACUCCGGGCAUUUUGGAAACAGAAAGAAGAUGGGCUACAUCACUGGGAUCCUCCUGAUUAUCACUGUUAUUAUUAGUGUUGGAGCAAUUAUGCAUCUGACCAGUGGAUGUAAGGCCUGCGAGAUCCAUAAAAACACUGCAGUGGCAUCUGAUGCAGCACGGUGUUCUAGAAUCGGCAGAGACGUCCUGAUGUGGAACGGAUCAGUGGUUGAUGCGACCAUCGCAGCUCUGCUCUGCAUUGGACUGGUGAACGUCCACAGUAUGGGAAUCGGUGGAGGGCUAAUCCUCACAGUCUACAAUGCAUCUACUGGAACUGUUGAAAUUAUCAAUUCAAGAGAAGUGGCUCCCGAGCAAGGCAUUCGCAGCAACCAGGAAGCAGGAGGGCCGUCAAUUGGAGUUCCUGGUGAAAUCCGAGGAUAUGCCCUUGCACAUCAACGGCAUGGCCGGUUGCCAUGGAAACAGUUGUUUGAGCCAUCCAUUAGGCUUGCGAGAAAAGGUUUUCCGGUCGGUAAGAGCCUUGCUGCCGCCCUUGAAGCAAAUAAAAUGCAAAUAGAAGAAAGCGCCUCGCUAUGUGAUGUGUUCUGUAAGAAAAACAGCAACAGAAUUUUGAAUGAAAAUGACCUAAUAUAUUUUCCACAAUUAGCGGAUACACUGCAAACGAUAGCAGAUGAAGGGCCAGACGCUUUUUACGACGGACCUAUUGCUGAGGACAUUGUUCAUUCUGUUAGCCAAUCAGGUGGUCUAAUUUCCCGAAAGGACCUAAAGCAGUACCAGGCGAGAGAGGAGACACCAAUAAAUGUGACGCUGGGUGACUACACCUUGUACGUUCCUGGUGCUCCAUCAGGCGGACCGGUCCUCGCUCUCAUUCUGAAAAUCCUCGAAGGAUACAAAUUUUCCAGAGAGAGUAUAUCAUCUUCAGAAAAGAAAGUCUUAACAUACCAUAGAAUAAUCGAAGCUUUCAAAUUCGCGUUUGCUGAGAGAAGCAAGUUGGAGUAUCCAAGCUCCAGUGACCACAAAGAGGCCAUUGAGAUGAUCUCAAAAGCCAAUGAAAUUCGAGGAAGGAUCAAUGAUGGGAGAACCAGUGAAGGAAUUGAUGACUAUGGGAUAAAAUGCCUUUUACCUGGGCAGAGUGGAACAUCUCAUCUUUCUGUGGUGGCAGAAGAUGGCAGUGCUGUGUCAGUUACCAGCACCAUCAAUGGCUAUUUUGGAUCGUUUGUCCGUUCUAAUGUGACUGGAAUAAUAUUCAAUAACCAGAUGGCCGACUUCUCCUUGCAGAAUGAAGAUGAGAGCAGUCUUCCGCCGUGUUCUCAAAACUACGCUCAACCCGGCAGAAGACCUUUCUCUGCUAUGUCGCCCGCAAUUAUACUCAAUGGAGAUAAAACUGUGAAAAUGGUUGUUGGAGCUUCAGGCAGCUCAAGGAUAAUCACAGCCACUGCUCUGGCCAUAAUAAAUGCACUUUGGUUUGGUGAUGACGCUUGUGAGGCUGUGAACAGACCGAGACUCCAUCACCAACUACUGCCAAACAUUGUUCAAUUUGAGUCUGAGGAACUAGAACAGAACAUAGAAGAGCUCCGUUGGUUUCGAGAGGAAAUGGAGAAUGCAUUAAAGAAGAAAAUGCACCUCACUGGUUUUGCCGACAUGCCUUCAGUGGUGCAGGCUAUUGUAAGAGAAGGGCGCGUUUGGCAUGCCGUUUCAGAUACCGUGCGUAAAGAUGGUUGUCCUGCGGGAUAUUGAAGUGCUCAGAGGCCUUUUCAACUUCUGCACCUCAUUGUGUGAAUUAUCGUAGAAUAUUUUGGUGGAUAUGAAUAGGAUAUUUAUCUGUGAAUUAUUACCACUGUGUGGCUCACUGAAGACCUUAACAUUGUGAAACGAACCAAACCAAACCAUUUUGUUGAAAGCUAGAAAGACCCAUGUUGUGAUGCACCCAGAGGGCUGUAAAUCACAGGACUACAAAGCCAGGGGGUAAUUAGUCUCAACAAAGAUUUUCAGCCAUUCGGAGUCCAGUGUGCUCCAUUCAAGCUUUUCCAAACCAAUCAUUUACAAUGAUGCUCUCAAAUGUUCAGACGUCCUCCCUGCUCCAAUGGGAGCAAGAAGUUGGGAAGUGAACUAUAAACUGCCUUUAACGAAGACCAUGCUAGCAUGAUUCAGGGAAUUCACCAUUGCACAGUGUGAACAUAUCAUAUUUAGAUGAUAUUUAGGGCUCAGGUUAAAGCUUAUCAGGAAGCUGUGUGAAAAUUUAAAUGGUGUCAGUGAAUGAGCUGAAUUCUCUUAAUAUUUCUUCUUGAAUAUCUAUGAGGGUAACAAUGAAGGUUUCAUUGGUCUUACAAUAAGGGUUCCAUUGAGGCUUCCAUAGGUCCAUUGAGGGUUACAGUGAGGGUAACAACGAUGGUCCCAUUGAGGGUAACGAUGGGGUUCCACUGAUCCUUCAGUUGGUCCAAUGAGGGUUUCAUUGGUCUUACAAUGAGGGUUAAAAAGAGGGUUCCAUUGGCCCAUUGAGAGUUACAAUUAGGGUUCGAUUGGUCCUUCCAUUGAGGGUUCCAUUAGUCCUUCCAUUGGUACAUUGUGGGUUAUAAUGAGGAUUCCAAUGGCCCUUCCAUUGGUCUAUUGAGGGUUACAAUGAGGGUUCCAUUAGUCCUUUAACAGAGACCAUGCUAAUGUAGGUUUUCACAAAUAAAAUGGCACGAGACAUUUUAAGUUUAGGAAAGAACCGUAACAAUGCAUGUCUUGAACUCCAAAACCUGAACACAAAGAGCACAAAAAGUCCUUCAUGUAAUUCCCUCAUCACAUCAGACCAGCCUCUAAAGUGAACCCCCAACCCCAUGUCAGUGGUUGUGAAGUCUGUACAUUUCCACCAAUUACAUUAUCCAACACAAAAUACAAAGUGCUGAAUAUAUCAUAUUUAGAUGAGAUUAUUUAGGGCUCAGGAAACCAUGUGGAAUUUAAGUACAAAUAUUAAUGUAUGACCUGAAUUCACCUAAUAUUUCUCCUUGAAUAUCUAUGACUACUUUCAAUGAGGGGUCCAUUGGUCUCCCAUCAGAGUUAGCGAAAGUAACAAGUUGAACCCUCAAAGAGUUUCUAGACUUUUAAUGCCUAGGUCCAUUUCUUCACCACAGGACAAAGUAAUGAACGUCACCAGUCUUUACAUGGCCAGAACAUUCCAUUCUUUAGUUCCCUGAAUCAUUUAAUUGAUGCUCCUUAUUGUCAAAUGAUCAGAUUAAUGAAGCUGCUAUUUUUGAUUCCAAAGGCACAGUUUUGUAAUAAUGAGCAUAAACAUCUGAUCACAAGAACAAUAUUGUCAAUUAAGAUGGGCUGCCUUCAUGAAUAAGCAUUACAGCAAAGUUUACCUGGACCUUUCUAAGAUUGCACAUAAGUUAUUCCUCUCUCUGCUAACACACAGAAGCAGAGAUCAGUCAAGAGUGGCAGAAUGCAACACCAGAUAAGUACAACAGAAAUUUCAGAUCCAUUUGUAUUCUUGCUGUUGAGCAGAAACUAAUUCACUGAACUUCUCAAAGAAUUUCAGAAGCUUUGACAUUCGGGUCCAUUUUAGCUCUAGUGUAAAGAACUGAAAGACCAGGCAGCAAUGAGAGGGUUAAUAUUGCCCUUCAGCUUAGCCACUCUUACGGUGUACCUGUCAGUAUGAAUAUUAACCUUUCUCCUUUGAACAGUUGCCGGAGAACUGUCAUAAGGUAGCAGUUGUCCAUCAUGUCCGACGAUGACAGGAAACCUGUGCGGGAGAGUUUUUAAAGUGGAAAAGCCGCUGCACUGGGGCAGUUCCACUCUCUCGAACUCAGACGUCCAAGUCCAGUAGUACAAACAUGUGUCACAAACUGGGGUCUUCCUUGGCUGCAGUGGAUGACCACAUACCUCAUCAUGCCCUUCACUCUCCACUGAAUGUUGUGGUACCACCUUCCUGGCCAUUGGAUCUCACUGUAGAUCUCAUCUGCCCAGCUGACUUUGGAUGCUAGGACAGGUACGCCCCUAUCUCACCAGGAUAUGAGGCCACCAUCUACCCUCACCUGGUUUAGCCCUCCUGUCGGUCUGCCAGGGUGUGGGCACUGCUGUAUGCAAACAGCUACUUGUCCUUUCUUAGAUAUGAAAAGAAAAGCAUCCAAUGACAUCAUUGGGCCUGAUUUCAACUGAAGCAUGGAAACAAUUGAGAAAUGUGUUUGUCAUUGUCACAUGUACCAGGUAAAAUGGAAAACUUGGUUUUAUCUGCCAUGCGUACAGAUCAUCUUAUCACAUCAGUGUUUUGAGAUAGCAUAAGGGAAAAUAGUGCUGAAAAUGUCCAAAAUAGAAGGUCCAAUACGAUACAUGACUUUUAGGUGUAUUGUGUGACAGAGAAAGCAAGAGAAGAGAACCUUAAGCCUUCCCAAAAUGGUUCUUCAGAUCCUCCCAAACAACGUAUUGCCUCCUGAUGUCCUAUUCUCACUUCAGUUAGGAGACAGAGAAACCAAAUGAAAUGCAGAAGUUAGUCUUCUGGCUUUCAAAGAUGGAAAUAACAUGAUAUUUGCCAAUUGCUCUUGACUUGCACUCCAUAACAUCACCUUUUAAAAUUCUUCUUUUGGCUCCAUAAUAACUUUUUGCUGAACAGACAAAUGUUUACCAAACAACAUGAUGAAAUAACCAAGACCAUAUGACAAAUCCCUUGGCAUGUAAUUUUCCUGCCACUAAACAAGAAAAGUGCUUUUUCCAUCAACAAUGUGCAUGCUCAGAUUUGGUUGAAUCAAAUGUUCUGUUAUUCUGUGCUCAGAUUUCUGCUUGACUGCAGUAGGUGUUGUCUAAUUGCAAAACACAACAUUAAAUUGCACAGAUUGAUAUGUGUUGUAAUUGUGGCACAAUGUACUUUAGGAAGGUGGAUAAUGUCUCUUUGUCUACACAUUAAUUUAUGUGUACUUAGCGAACUAUUUAAUCAAUUUAGAAUUAACUAUUUUACUUAUUCUUAAUCCCACGUUCUUUUUUUUGUGAAAAAAUAUAGUUUCUAACAUAGUGGAAACUAAAGGUAUUUACAAUUUAAAGAAUUUCGAAUAAAAAGUCAAAA